CGAUCUUCACUGCGAGAUCAUACAAAAUGGCGUUUAUGUUGCUUUCGUUUUGACAAUCGAUAUCUACAUUUUAUACUUGGACAUCGUUUCUUUUUAUGAACACGAACUGGAACUAUUAUCUGUUAAAACCUAACAAUGACGAGUAUCGUUCAGUAUGUCGUUGUUCGUAGUGAUCUGGUCAAAACGAAGAAGUGGCCACUAGGGGCUCUCAUAGCACAAGCCUGUCAUGCUAGUUCUGCUGCCAUUCAUCUCUUUUAUAAGACUCAACACACACAGGAGUAUCUGUCUGAUUUGGACCGUAUGCAUAAAGUUGUAUUGGAGGCCAAAGAUGAAGAAAGCCUGAAGGAACUGUCUCAAAUUCUUACCACGUCUCAGGUUGACUUUAAGCUGUGGGUAGAACAGCCAGAGAACUUUCCUACCUGCCUAGCCACACGGCCAUACCCUAAAGAGGAAAUUCAGCAGUACUUCAAACAGUUUAAACUAAUGAAAUAAAGUGCGAUGUUUUGAGCUAGCA